UACUGAUGCACUUCGCCCAGCAGACAUUGAUGUUGCGAAUCAACUCCCUUGGGCAGAUCCCGGAUACUUUAUGGGCUGAAAGGUUUCCUGGAUGCGGCUUUGGCGGCAACAGGCAGCGAAGCAAAACGGAUGGAAUGGGUUGCCGAAAUUCUCUACCGCCAACCACAGUCAGCAAGAUGGCAGCGGCACAAGAUUGGCAAAGAUAAAGAUACUUAUCUGACCGGCGCAAACUUCCCGAGAAUCUAGCCGUCCUGCCCUCCUAGACCCUGGGACCGUUUCCAGCUUUGCGGUGGACGCCGUCGGGUGGCACAGCACACUGCCUGGUUGCACAAGAUGGCUUACGGCACAAAGCUACCGUUGCCUUAUCCGAUCUGCCUUGGACGAGGCACAUGUUGGCUGUCGUCCAUGUUGACGGCCCAUUAUCCCAAUUUAGAUAUUUGUCAAUUCUCAACUGCAAGAAGAUGCCUUCAACCUACCCCCAGCGAUUCGAGAUUCCACGGAAUUGUGGCCGGUAUAAGAAUGCUUGUAUAUUCUCUCACCAACGCUGUAUUCCCUUCCCUCUCCAGACUUUAUCUCGUCGUACAUCAAACAUAAAGACCGUGCCUUUUUGUGUCCAUUCGCCGCGGCACCACAAACCACAUUGACAGCUCUUAGUCUAUAACACCCAUCAACAUGACCACAGACGCCUUCCAAGAGGAUACCAACCCGGAAUCAAUACCCGCGUCUCCAACUGCAGACGAUAUCAUUGCAGCAUUUCUCGCAAGGCAAGACGACAUAGUCAUGUACGGGCAGUGUCAGGAAGACUACUCAAGUCCCUCUCUGGAUGAAGACCCCCGAGGCCAGCAGGAGCGCCUCUUCACCCCCAGCAACACAUUCAACAAUGCCCUACUGAGUCCGCCUUUGAUGUCUUUGGCAGGUUUCCAACAAGACUUCCAGCUCCCAUCUCCUCCACAAUCCCGUUCCGCAAGUCCAUCAGGGAGCGAUGAACCUGCGUCUCAACAUCGUCGCACAUCCUCCUACCCAAGAAAGACAGGCAGAAACGGCGGAACUCAUGUUAGGAGACACACCACAUUGAGUACGAGUUCAAAGGGGUACAUGGCGCAUACUCCCAUGGUCCCACGCAAAGCGGAGGAUUGGGAGCCUUGGAAAAACGUCAUCCACCAAUUGUACAUUGUGCAAAACCACAUCCUCAAGGACAUCAUCGUCAUCAUGGAAAAUACCUACCACUUCAAAGCAACACCAAAGAUGUACAAAAACCAAUUCGCUAGAUGGAACUUCUUCAAGUAUGCCAUCAAGCGAAGAUCACGCUCGGGAACGGACACGUGCUCUGGCUCGGAUGCUUCUGAAAGCACAGAGCAACCUUGGAUGAUCGAUCAAAACCACAAGCCUGAAGACAUGCAAGCCGACACUCCUAUCUUUCACAACGAUUCUGACAGCCACAUUAGCGCAUACCCGUCUCACUACCUUGAUGACGGUCUCUCUGCGUCCCAAAAGUCAUCCUAUCGCUUUCCGUUUCCUCAGGAGGAGCUGGUCCCUUUUUGUCUCGAUUCAGAGUCCUCUUCAUUGGCUCAACAAAUGAUCAUGACCGACCUCGAAGGCAAGGACUUGGCAACCAAAUGGAACAGAGGUGACUUUGGUCCUGACUUUGCUCACCGCUUACAUAGCCUAUACAACAAGGCCUCAGCCAUGUCAGACUCGAGUCAAUCCUCGAAAAAGGUUUCAAAAGCAAUCCAACGUAUCUACUGUGGCUGGAUGAGCGACUAUUACGAGUCUACACAACAAUGGUCAGAAGUGUUUGAGUGGAAGAAGAGGGGGUUGUCCAUGACUUCGAACCAGCAGUAUGUGGCCUGCUCGAUGCGCUUGGAGGAGAUGAUGCGAGAUCAUGGGUCACCGGAAGAGGCUGAAGAGUUGAGAAGGGCAAGGAUAGAUAUCGGGUGGUUGAUGAGCGGUGUGUUGCCGGGAUUGUUUGAAUGUCUUGUAGCGAGAUGAAGGAGGUUUUGGGCUCUGGUAUCUGAGUGGAUAGACUAUAUCGUAGCAACUUGUGAAGAAACAAUUCCCCACAAGUCAUCAUCCAGUUUUCAUUAAUCUCAG